AUGCCGCAAAAAAUUAAGUGGUGGGAGGGCAGGAAGCUCAUCCGAGUGACAGAUGACAAGGUGAAGAAGAGAUGCUCUUCCCGCCGCAAAAGGUACAUCUGCCUGGAUACAGACCCUGUCCAAUCACCUGCCAAAAGAGAGCAGAAAAAGAAUAAGUCAUUGGGCUCUAUAACCAUGCUGAAACAGAUCAAAAUACUCACCUUUGUGAUGGCAAUAGCAGCUAUUACUUUCCUGAGCAGAAUUGCCCUUAACCAGAAAAGUAAUUUCAUCAUGAAUAUUUUAACGUCCAAUGGCUUAUUAUCGGAUCCAAAAACCACAGAGAAAGCUGGUGGAAUGUCCAAUAUGAUCGAAAAGGUAUCCUCUGCUGCGUUCACAAACACCAUUCUAAGACAAGGAAAUGGAAUCUUUUUUGUCGAGACCACAGGCAGAAUGGAACCACCUUCCCUGGUCUUGUGUGCUAUUGAGUCAGCGGCCCGAGUCUACCCUGACAGACCAGUGGUCUUCUUCAUGAAAGGAUUGGGGGAUAUCAUGACAGCUGAAGAAGACAGCAGAACAAGGGAACAUUUUCCAACUCUCUAUUCUUUUCAUAAUAUCUACAUCUUCCCUCUCAGAAUGAAUGAGUUAUUUAAUCAAACACCUCUCAUGACUUGGUUUAAAAAGGUGAACCCAGAGAAAGAACGUUACUGGACUCAUGUUAGCGCGGAUGCCUGUAGGCUUGCCUUGAUUUGGAAAUACGGUGGCAUUUACAUGGAUUGUGAUUUCAUCUCAAUUCGUCCAAUACCUAACAAUCUUUUUCUAGCUCCUGAACAUGCUGCAUCCAUUAGUAACGGUGUUUUUGGCCUCUCCCAAUUUCACCCCCUGACAUGGCUAUUACUGGAGGACUUUGCUGACAACUACAAGGGAGAAAUAUGGGGACAGCAAGGGCCAAGACUUUUUACACGUGUUGUGAAAAAAUGGUGUGGUCUGCCAGUAUUUAUCACUAAAGAUGAUGUCAUGUGUGGAAAUAUAUCCUAUUGUCACCCUCAGCGUUUCUAUCCCAUUUCUUAUCCAUCAUGGAGAAAAUAUUAUGAAGUCUGGAAGGAUUUACCAACAUUUAAUGGCACCUAUGCCUUGCAUCUCUGGAAUUUCAUGAAUAAGGAAGGUAAAACUAUGGUACCUGGGAGCAACACAUUGGUGGAGCAUCUUUACCAAAAACAGUGCCCCUCCAACUAUGAUUAUAUUAUGAAAAAACAAAAAAACUCAUCAGUAACCAGAUCUACUUAA